UCACACAACUUCAUCAUGCGACUGCGCCUUUCCCAAAAUUUAAACAACAUUUGCCGCCCAAAUGUUCUUUAGUUUUUUUUUUUUUUUUCCUUCACUCUUAAAGCUUGAAACUCUAAUCAUCUAUUUUACACUAUUUCUUUUUCACUGCCAAAACUUGAAACCCUAAUUUUUCGACAUGGAUAUGGAAGAUGAUUCUCAGCUAUUCUCACCUUCAGAACAAUCCUCCUCUCCAGUUCAUGCGAGGAAGCUAAAACGUUUGAAGAAAGCAACUAGUGUUUCUUCAGAUGAUGUUGUCGCCAAGCAAGUGAAUGGACAAGUUCUUGGCUCCUCGGAAUCCCUAGAAUCAAAUGAGGGGUCCUUGCGGUUCGACUCUGGAAAGGAAUUGGAUUCUGGAUUUGCUGGGGAGGGGUCGGGAUCCGGGAGGGAUUUGGAAUUUGAUGGAGAUGGAGAAGAUCAGGGCGGGGAGAAGGGAGAAGCAAUCGGAGAUCCGAAGGCCGAUGAAUCUCUUGCUUCUGAGGGAUGGAAUGAAGAAUCAUUGCAAUUUGACUUUGGUAGUGAAAUGAAUUCUACAUUUGAUGAAGAUGGGUCGAGAACUAAGAGAGUUUUGGAAUUUGGUGGAGAUGGAGAAGAUCCAAGUGAAGAGAUGCGUGAAGAAACUGGAGAUUUGAGGAUGGGUGAAUCUGAGAGGAAACGGGGCAAUUCAGAAGACUUGGGCCAAAAGAGAGUGAAGAGGAAGAAGAAGCUUGAGAGUGUUGCAGAUGAUGGAAAGCUUGAUGCAUGUGCCUCUGGGAGAAGAAUGACAGAAAAGGAAAGAAGAGCUCGUCUUAGUGAACUUCAUGCUGAGACUCAGAGACUGUUGCGAGAGACAAGAGAUACAACAUUCAAACCAGCAAAACCUGUACAAAAAUCCAUAUCUUCAAUCUUGGAGAAGAUCCGCCAAAGGAAGCUAGAAGUGUCAAAAAGAACUGUCAGUCUGAACAAUAACUGUUCUAUUGCUGAGGACAAUGGUUCAUUGAGAGAGGUUGCAGUUGCCCUUGAUUCAGAAAAUGGGGCCAAAGAUAAGAGAGGGGAUGAUGAAUUCACAAAAGUGGCGGAGGAGACAGUUGCACAUGCAGCUGAUGUGGAUAGUAGGUCGGAUGGAUUUAAUGAAUCUUUAAAUCACUCAAGUCAAGAAAAUACUCCUCUCCAGAUGGACUCAGAGGAGAAACCUACACAUGCAUUUCGAGCUCCUAUUGAUGAUACACAGGAUUUGUUUUGUGCUUCCCAAACAAGUGAUGUGAAUGAUGAACUACCAAAUGAACAGAACAGCAGUCCUCUUGAAGAAGUUCUGGAACCAUCCUUACUUGCAAUGAACUUAAAACUUGAUUCUGCUCCUGCUGAUGAUGUUUCUUCCAAUGAAGAGGACAAUGAUAAGGAAAAUAUUGAUCCUGAUCCACAUAGACCAAUUGAAUUGUGUUCAUCUCCAAAAGGUGAUCCUGUUAAAGCUUUUGUUGAUGACGAAGCUGAGGAGGAAGAUGAUAGUGACAAUGACCUAAUUCGAUUCCAAGAAAAUGAAGAGGAUGAGGAUAAUGGAGGAUCUGAGGAACUUAAUGAUUUGAUAGCAACUGAAUAUGAAGAAAAUCCAAUUGAUGGUGAAAAGCGCAAUCAACUUCAUCAGCAGUGGCUUGAGCAGCAGGAUGCAGCUGGAACAGACAAUCUUUUGCAGAGAUUGAAAUGUGGUCCGGAACAAAGAGAAACAGCCAUGCUUGGAGGAGAAGAUGACGAUGAUGAGGAAGAAGACAAUGAAGAGGAAGAAGAGUUUUGUGAUGAAGCACUAGAAGGUCUAGGUCGAGCAAAUCUUGUCCGGAUGAAUUCAAGAAAAAUAAAACAAAUGAUUCCUCAAAUGUUUACUGAUAAGGAUGAUGGGUUCUUAUCAUCUGAUGAUGAGGAAACAGAAAAAAGGCUCGUUAAACAGCGUCUACUUGAGAAAGCUGAAGAGCAGGCUACACUAUUGUCCCCAGAAGAGGAUGAAAAUUCCAGAGAAGUUUUUGGUCUUAUAAAGAAGCUGAAUAUUGUGCCUGACACUAAGAGGAAAGCAAAAACAUCAUCUGUUCUUGGUAUGCUGCUGAAAGGCAGAAAUAGCAAUAACUCUUCAAAGUCAUCUUUCCUGGGUCGAGCAUCAAACCAGUCCUUACCAUCAUCCCAUAAGCCUGGAUCAACUAUGGUUCGAUCUUUUAUCUUUGGGCGAGAUGACAGCAAUAGCAGGAGCACAAUUUCAAUGUCGGAGGAUUCUUCAGAUAAGAUUCAAAAUGAGACUCGGCCAAAAAGAACUGCUUCAGCUAAGUUUAGUAGCUCACAAUCCAAAUUCAGCACCCAGAACACCAAAGUUGCAGUCGAAAAAACCUCAGGUACUUCUCUUUUUGAGAUCUUGAGGCGGUCUUCUCUGCAAUCCAACAGUUGCCCUCAAGAUAAUGUGGUUGGCGAAAAUCAAAGUGUAUUUGCUGCAUUCAGAUUGACGAAGAAGUCAAUAAAGGUAGAAGGAAGAACCUAAUUGGAAUAUGGAAACUGCCUGCAAUAUUUCAUUGUUGGAAUGAUUUAAUUGUCCAUUAGAUGGUCUUUAUGAGGUUCCUUAUUCUGUGUUAAAGAUAAAAGCCCAUUUUUCCAAGCAUCAGCAUCACUUUGUGAAACUUCUGUUGAGAGCUUGUUGAAUUUUAUACUAGAAAGCUUUAAGAUCUGCAGCUCAUAAAUAGGAAAAAGUAUAUUGAGAUUUUGUUUGGCAGGAAUCUACUGCUGAUUCAA